CGGACCCUUUCGAUCGCCAUAUUCUUCCUCAUCGCAGCGGCACUUGUUUCAAGGCUAUCGUCAUAUCUAGAAGACUUUAGCUUCACAUGGCCGCUCACCGCGUCCAACGAUCGUAUAGACUACACCCUGAGGAUCAAUAAAUUCACCCCAAAUCAGUAUCAAGCAGCGCCGUACGUGAGUAAUGGUUAUUUUGGACAGGCUCUGCCCGCCGAGGGCGUUGGGUAUUGGGUGUUUCAAAAUGAAGAUGGGACACCAGCACUAAAUGGAUGGCCCCUCGACCAAGACCGUGCAACAUUUGGUACCAUAUCCGGGUUCUGGAACUUACAAGAAAGGGUCACGCAUCCUAUCUUAUGGGAGAACGUUGCACGAGGCGGUGAAAGCGUCAUCGCAGGAAUCCCGGAUUGGACGGCUCUGACCGUGUCCACCUCUACUGGAGAGACUUAUCAGCCUGGCGUUAGCCCUCAUACCGUGGUAGACUACAAUCAAAGCCAGUCUCUGAUAGAUGGAGUUGUAACAACAAAUGUCAAAUGGCAACCAAAAUCAGUAGCGACUCCCUUACAACUGAACUUCACUGUUCUCGCUCAUCAGAAUCGGCCAACACUCGGACUUGUGAGGCUUGAUCUGACGUUUAAUGGCCCAAUUUCCGUCAAGAUCAGAGACAUUAUUGACGGUAGAGGGGCUGUUCGGUCUGAGUUUCAUGAGAAAGGUUUCGAAGAAAAAAACCGCAUCUGGACGAGCGUGAAGCCCUUUGGUGUUGGAGAUACCACAGCUUACAUUGUCUCCCAAGUUCAAUUUCUGGGAUUAUCCCCGGAAGAAACAAAACUCUUGGUUGCAUCUCGAAAGGAUGCUACUGGAGAUAAAGCACAUGUAUCUGUGGAUGCAAGCACCAUCGCUCAGAGCUGGGACCUUACUCUGGCCGAAGACGAGCGAAGAACUAUCAGCAUUAUUAAACAUGUUGGGAUUGCCUCCUCGGACGCGUUUCCUGAUCACACCAAGACUAUCGCGGCUAAUACAGUAAAUUCUUCUCUUGGAGAAUCCUGGGAAGACUUGGUGCAGGAACAUUCGAACUCUUGGGCUGCCGUAUGGGAUGAUGCUGACAUCGUGGUUCCUGGAGAUGCCGAGGUCCAGACAACGGUUAGAGGAGCCUUGUUUCACCUAUUGUCAAACUCAAUACCCGACAAAGAAACCACACCUAAAGGCAUGACACAAAAUUCGAUAUCUGUGGGUGGUUUGAGCAGCGACUCAUAUGCUGGGCUAGUGUUCUGGGACGCUGAUGUAUGGAUGUACCCGUCACUGCUUGCACUCCAUCCCGAGCGCGCGAAACCAAUUCUCAGCUAUAGACAAAGGCUGCUCCCACAAGCACUGGAGAACUCUCAGCUUUAUAAUCGGCCUGGUGCUCUGUACCCCUGGACGAGUGGGAGAUAUGGCAACUGCACAGGAACUGGCAUCUGCGCUUUAUAUCAGUAUCAUCUCAAUACCGAUAUUGCCAUGUCACAUUGGGACUACUAUCUGCACAGUGGCGACGUCGAAUGGCUAAGAGAUCAUGCUUGGCCAAUUUUGAAGAAUGUAGCAGAUAUGUUUGCCGAAUAUGUCGUAUUCAACAAGACGACUGGCCGGUACGACACACUGGUCCUCGGAGAGCCGGACGAGUUUGCUUACUAUAUCAACAACGGGGCUUUCACGAAUGCCGGCAUCAAGCUACUUCUUGGAGAGUGGGCACCGACAGCAGCGAAACUGAUCGGGGAGGAAGAGAGUAUUUCAGCAAACUGGUCUGCCAUUGCCAAAGGCCUUACCAUCCCAUAUAACGACAAGGAAAAAAUCAUUCUUGAAUAUGAUGGAAUGGAUGGCACAGUGAUCAUCAAACAGGCCAGUGUAGCCUUGCUCUCAUAUCCCCUAGGAUGGAAGAUAGAGGAUGAGCAAGCAUUGAAUGAUUUGGCAUUCUACGCGAGAACUACAACACCAGACGGGCCAGCAAUGACAUGGGCAAUUUACGCCAUCGCGGCGCUACACCUGCACCCAACCGGCUGUGCUGGGUACACAUAUCUGCUCCAAGCGUCGCAACCAUACCUGCGUGACCCUUUCCAACAAUUCAGUGAGCAACGAACCGACACGUGGUCUUGGAGCGAUGGAUCUUCGUCCUGGUCCAUCCUAGAAGAGUACUUCGGUACCGAAGGGACUACCGCGGCUUUCCCAUUUCUUACAGGUUAUGGGGGAUACCUGCAGAUCUUUACGCACGGCUUCACAGGGAUGCGAGCCGAAGCUGACGCUCUCGUCAUAGACCCAGUCAUGGUACCCCAGCUUCCAGAAGGGAUCAAGGUACGAGGCAUAAAAUACCGGGGAGCCGUGCUUGACUUUGACAUUGGGCUUCAAUACACGACCAUCUCACGGCGCAAAGUCUCUCAUGGAGCUGGCCAUGUGGUCAUCCGACAUCUCGAUAAGCAUUUCACAUUGUUGCCUGGACAGAAGAUCAAAAUCGAUACGAGAAGGCCCGAUCUCACCAGUACUUCUGUCUUGGGUAACAUCGCGCAGUGUAAACCCGUAAGAUCAGAGUCAUCCGGUGCUGCGGCCGCUUGGGUAGCAGGCCGUCAUCCGGUGGCCGCCGCGGACGGGUCCGCGGACACAGUUUGGCAGCCCCUUACAGCCGAUGCCACUUCCAUCAUCAUCGAUCUUGGGGAGACGAAAUCGAUGAGCAGUGUUUUGGUGAACUGGGCUGCUGUACCUGCAAAAUCAUUCUCAGUCCAUGGUAAGGUAGGUAACGGGUGGAUCGAGAUGCUCAGGGUAGAUGAUGUAAAUAUUUCCUCUCCAUACGACCCAGAAAAGGUAAAGAAAGUUGCGGUCCCCGAGGCCAACACGACUGAGGUGCGUCUGGAGAAGAAAUGGGAGUUUAGUGAAGUAAAGUUCAUGGUUGAGGGAACACAGGGGCCGGACAAGGCCUCUGGGGCUACAGUUGCGGAGAUUUCGUUGCUUUGA